AGGGGGAGGGGCAGGCGAGGGGCCGCAGGGCCUGGAAGGCGCCAGCCGGGUAGGUGGGCGGUGUGAUUGAUCCCCGUCCCCUGGAGCUGGCGGCUCUGGGGAAAGGGCCGGCACUGAGGGGGCGCUCGGCUGCUGCGCACAAAGGCUGAGGCUCCGAGAGCGGCAGGGCGUGUUUGGGGUGCGCGCGAGGUUGUGUGCAAGACCCCAGAGUCAGGAGUGAGAACCCUGACCCCUAAUCCCACUGCAUCCAGCCAAUAGGAGCCCAGCAUCAUGGCGGAGCUGCAGGAGGUGCAGAUCACAGAGGAGAAGCCACUGCUGCCAGGACAGACGCCUGAGGCGGCCAAGGAGGCUGAGUUAGCUGCCCAAAUCCUCCUGGACCAGGGACAGAUUCACUCUGUGGAGACACCGUAUGGCUCUGUCACUUUCACUGUCUAUGGCACCCCCAAACCCAAACGCCCAGCGAUCCUUACCUACCACGAUGUGGGACUCAACUAUAAAUCUUGCUUCCAGCCACUGUUUCAAUUCGGGGACAUGCAGGAAAUCAUUCAGAACUUCGUGCGGGUUCAUGUGGAUGCCCCUGGAAUGGAAGAGGGAGCCCCUGUGUUCCCUUUGGGAUAUCAGUACCCAUCUCUGGACCAGCUUGCAGACAUGAUCCCUUGCGUCCUACAGUACCUAAAUUUUUCUACAGUAAUUGGAGUUGGUGUUGGAGCUGGAGCCUACAUCCUGUCGAGAUAUGCUCUUAACCACCCGGACACAGUUGAAGGUCUUGUUCUCAUCAACAUUGAUCCCAAUGCCAAGGGUUGGAUGGAUUGGGCAGCCCACAAGCUAACGGGCCUCACCUCUUCCAUUCCGGAGAUGAUCCUUGGACAUCUUUUCAGCCAGGAAGAGCUCUCUGGAAAUUCUGAGUUGAUACAAAAGUACAGAAAUAUCAUUACACAUGCACCCAACCUGGAUAACAUUGAAUUGUACUGGAACAGCUACAACAACCGCCGAGACCUGAACUUUGAGCGUGGAGGUGAUAUCACCCUCAAGUGUCCUGUGAUGCUGGUGGUAGGAGACCAAGCACCUCAUGAAGAUGCAGUGGUGGAAUGUAACUCAAAACUGGACCCCACCCAGACCUCGUUCCUCAAGAUGGCUGACUCUGGAGGUCAGCCCCAGCUGACUCAGCCAGGCAAGCUGACUGAGGCCUUCAAGUACUUUCUGCAAGGCAUGGGCUACAUGGCCUCAUCCUGCAUGACUCGCCUGUCCCGGUCUCGUACGGCCUCUCUAACCAGUGCAGCAUCCAUUGAUGGCAACCGGUCCCGCUCUCGCACCCUGUCUCAGAGCAGCGAGUCUGGAACUCUUUCUUCGGGGCCCCCGGGGCACACCAUGGAGGUCUCCUGUUGAAUGACCCUUGUUGCCCUAGUGUGGGACCCAGCCCUCACCUCCCCCAGAACUAACCUGGGAGGUGCUGAAGGGGCAUUGGGCCAGAGUAAGCAAGGGAAAAAGGGCAGAUCAUGUGGGGAGAUGACCUUGAUCUUUGAUUGCUACCCUAACCUUGACCUCUAACCUGUGAUUACCCCCAGCUCCUGAAAGAGAUGUCCUAAUAUCUCUUAGGGACCCAGACCCCUAAAUUCUCCUCCUCCCCCAUUUUGGUGUUAAGGUGGAGAGGGCAUGUAUCCUCUGUCCUGAUCUAGGUGUCUGUAGCUGAGGGGUAAGAGGUUGUUGUAGUUGUCAUGGUGCCUCCAUCAGACUCUCCCUACUUAUCCCAUAUUUGCAAGGGGAGGGAUUUGGGGCUGGGGCUCCAUUUACCAAAGCUGAUAUGGCUUCUCAUUAACCCUUUAGGACUCUGAAGGGUAUGGACCUACAUGAAUGUGUGUCAGGGGGAGACUUGCUGGUGGGUUAGUGGUCCUCAGGAUGUGAUAGAAACAUCCAGGGUGUAAAAAGGAAGUUGGAAUGGGAAUUGGUGGGCAAUGAACAAGUGUCGGGGAAGGAUUGGUGCUGGGGAAACAGGAAGGGGCCUGGGGCCAUUUGGCUGCACUAACUUUGGUAGCUCUCAGUGUGCAUCUAGAGUGGGACUGGGGAGGGAGCUAAGCUUGGGCUGGGCUAUUUGGGGCUUGGCAUAGAGAUGGAAAGGGCUAUCCUGGGGCUCUGACCACACUGUAUUAUGUGUGGAGGGUGCCCUCCUGUCUCCCACAACUUCUGCUAUAACAAUAAACUGUAGAUGAAUUUGA